GAGGCUGGCGCCGCCGACAGGCCGCCAGAGAUGGAGCCGGAGGACGACCCGGACGUGCCUGUGAUCCUGACACCGAUGAACGGGCAGCAGCUGCCGGACUUCAUCGAGCCGCGCCCAGGCCUGCGCAUCCUGGUGCGGCCGCUCAAGGAGGCGGCCGGCGCCGCGCAGGCCGCCGACCGGCCACUGGGCUCCAGCGACAACCCCAUCCAGCUGGUGCAGCAGGGCAACACGUUCAAGUCGCUGCAGCCACUCAGCGCCGAGCAGCUCAAGCAGAUCGCCACCGUGCUGCAGCAGAGCAGGCUCAACGUGCCCGGAAACGCCAAGAACACCAUCUACGACGCCAACACCAAUACGCGCAUCGUGUACAGGGUGGUGUAUCCGGAGGACUCGCGCGGUCGCGGCCGAGGCUACCCGCCGCGCGGCCGCCCCCGAGGCCGGGGCCGCGGCAGGGGCCGGGGGCGUGGCCGCGGCCGCGGGCCCGGCCGGCCGCGCAAGGUGCUCGAGGAGGUCGACGACGAGUACUACCCCGGCCAGGACAUCGAGUCGGUGGAGCGCGCCGAGAAGAAGCGUCUGGCCACCAAGACUCGCACCGGCCGCGUGUCCAAGCCGCCCAAACACAUGGUCAAAGACUACCGGCAUAUCCACAGGCUCGACUUCAACCAACCGGACUUGGACGACUCGGACGGGGGCUACUCCGACUACGACGAGGCCGACCAGGAGGAAGACCUGGAGGAGGAGGACGAGGAGGGCAAGCCUGGUUCGGAGACGGCCAACGAGGCGGCGGCGGCCGACGAGAGCGAGGACAGCCGCGAGGUGGGGCCGCGUCCCAAGCGCACCAUCCCGCAGGCGGUGCGGGACCGGUUCACCUGUCGCACGUGCGGUGCCCUCUGUAUCGGCUACGCCCGCCUGGAGGGACAUUACAACAAGAACCCCACCCACCAGCGCCCAGAAUACACUCCAACUGCUGCGAAAAUCGUGAAGAAAACACCGGGCAGGAAGCCGGGCCGACCGCGCUCCGCUGCCGCACCAGCCGCCGCCGGCUAAACGGGCCCGUACAGAACAGGUGGACGCGCCAGAGCCGCUGACGCCCGACCAGCUGGUCGCCGCGCUGCUGGCGCAGUCCGGCGGCAGCAUCGACAAGCUCUGCGACAACAUGGCCGCCUGCCUCCAGAGGUUCCGCGCGCGCGUGCAGAGCGCACUGCGCUCGCCCGACGACAGCGAGGUGGUGGAGGAGAGCUCCACCUGCGUGAUCGACGGUGAGAGGGCCGUGCUGACCGGUCUUCCGGAGGGCGUGUACUGUUCGGCCCGACCCGCCGAGCCGGCCCCGUCAGACGAGCCGGCCG